CACGGAUGCACGGCGCUUUCAGGGGCAUCGAUGAAAGGCCACGACGUGGUAGUGGAGUUGCUGCUGUCCCGUGGCGCAACUGUGGAUAGUAUUGACAAGGAUGGCGACACGCCCCUUUCGAAUGCAAUAUCUUAUGGCCACCCAAGCACUGUGGAUCUACUGCUGAAGCAUGGGGCACGCACUGACAUACCGAACGAGACAGGAGCAACCCCGCUCUUCCAUAUUUGGUCCGAACAACGGAAACAGAAGAUUGGUGAGCAGACUGCCUCGGCUAUUUUCAGGACUAUGUUGGACCAUGGCGCAGCGGUGGAGGUGGCAGACAAA